AUGCAGAUAUUUGCUCCCCUCGUCGCCCUUGCUAGCCUCGCCGCAGCCUCGGAAGGUGCCUGUACCGGAACGAAUGCUCGCACUACUCCCCCACCAGGUGCCAUCGUCAUUGACGCCACGGGUGCGUACAGCGGCAGCUUCAAGACCGUGUCCGAAGGAGUGGCCAAUCUUCCCAAAACGGCGGUGCAACAAAUUCUCUUCUUGAUGCCGGGGACUUAUGAGGAGCAGGUCACAAUUCCGAAGCUUAAAGGCAACCUGGUUGUGCAGGGCUACACUUGUGACACGACAUCGUACUCUUCGAACCAGGUCACUAUCACCCACGCCAUGGCGCAAAAGGAUGUCCCUGCCAACAUCACCAAGAGCCGCAAUGACUACACGACCACGCUGCUGAUCAAGGCGAGUAACGUGAAGGUGUACAACCUCAACGUUGCCAACACAGCUGGCGACGUUGGCCAGGCCAUUGCUAUGAAGGUCGACGGCGCCAAUAACGGAGUUUACGCCUGCAAUCUCACCGGCUACCAAGACACUUUGUACGCAAAUAAGGGUCCCGAGCUCUUCGCCAAGUCGUACAUUAGCGGUGCCGUCGACUUCGUCUUUGGUCUGUACGCGAAGGCCUGGUUUGAGUCCUGCGACAUUGAGUCUGUUGGCAAAGGCUGCAUCACUGCUAACGGCCGCACAAACGAUUCGAACCCUUCCGAAUAUGUCUUCAACAACGCACGCGUCUUCGGUUCCACUCCGGGUCAAGCCUUCCUGGGCCGGCCGUGGCGACCGUAUGCCCGCGUCGUUUUCCAAAACAGUGACCUUAGUGAUGUUAUCAACCCAGCAGGUUGGCAGAAGUGGAACGGUGACAACAAUACGGCUAACGUCUACUUCAAGGAGUACAGCAACAGAGGAGCAGGAGCGGCUACCAACAACCGUGUUGGUUUCAGUGGAACGCUGGAGAAACCUGUGGCGAUCACGGAAAUCCUUGGUGCGGGCUACGAGUCCGCCUGGUGGGUGGACAAGUCGUUCCUGUAG